GAGCGGAAAGCCCCUCAAUUGAGGUCAGAGCUCCAUUGAGACAGGCACGUUCACUAAUUCAACUAAAUAAUCUUUAAAAAAAGAAUAAGAAAAAAAUAAGAACAAGCAAAGAAAACCCAAGGAAUGAAGGCCACAACCCAGGCACUGCUUGCAGUGUGCUUGCUCGCCAAGUGCUUUGGAAACUGCGAGGGGAAGGAGGAGAAGAAAGACGGCCCUCGCGCUGCUCAUGUAACAGAGCCCGCGAAAAACGAAGCCUCGUCGACCCUGGAGAUCAUCGACUUUGUUCCCUUGCAUCCGGCAAAAGUCAAGAAACACUGGUUCUACCUCAUUAUCACUUCCGGGUGGAAUAAUCAUCCAGGAGGGCGUAACGAUGCCUUCCCUGAAAUCGUGGGGAUCGAGCCAGCCAAGAAUCCGCGCGAGACAGUGGAGGACAACAGCACCGACGAGUGGCUUAAAAACAAUGUGUUGUACGUCGCCAUCGCCAUUGCCCUAUGCCUAUCAAUACUCGGCCUCCUCGUGACCAUUGGAUAUUACCAGAAGCACAAGUGGUACAUCGUCGCCAGCAGAUCCUCUUCCCUUGCAGGUGCCUCUUCAGGUUCCUCUCCAUCCAACGCUAAAGUUCGUCUCCAUCCGUUAGGCGUGGCUAACAUAAAUCUUGUAGCCAGCCUCAUGGACGAGAAAAAGACUGAUGAUCUCAACAUGCUCAUCUAAGGCUCAACUCAACCCAUUCCCAUUUGUGUAUGUAUAAUAGGCAUGAAUGAGAAUGAAUAUCUUCACAGUACAAGAGAUGACUGGUUUCGAUUAUAUCUUCGUCAGAAAUACAUGUACAAUGAUAUAAUUGAAACCGGCUAAAUACAUUUCUUGUACUGUGAAGAUAUUCAUUCUCAUUCAUUCCUUUUAUACAUCUGUCAACGUGAAUACGGUUCACCUUUCCCCUUUGUUAGGUUCCUUGAGACAACGCCAGGGUAGCAAUGAUUAUUACAGGUUCUGAUUGCUGGACAUAGUAUCAGGGGUUAACUAUUCCCUUUUGAUUAUCAUUUGGGGCUCAAUGAGGGUAAAGCUAAUGUGUUUGCAGUUAUUUAGGCAAAAGGGCAAUCAAUGUAUAAUGAACUGCAGGACGUAGAACCAUUGUAAUAACCAUUUCCUUUGUAUUAGAUUACCUAGACAUGAUGAGUAUAACACCUGUUUCCUUGCAAAGUCCUUGUGUUGCUUUAUAACAAAAAAGACUCACAAACUGCUUACAUUGUACGCUUUUUCGAGGGGAACAUUUUUCCUAUGAUUCUUUACAUUUGUAAUAGAUUUGAAUAAAGGCAGAAUACU